AUGGCUGCUUCAAAACCCUCUGAUAAACCUUUCAAACCAUUCGAAUUACCUUCACCUCAAAUGGGUAGUUUCGCCCUAAUCCAACGCACCACUGCUACCACUACCAGUACUACCACAUCUCCGUCUCAGGAGAGACGAGGACGAAGGAAACAAGGUGAGCCGGGAAGGUUUCUCGGCGUCAGACGGCGGCCAUGGGGUCGAUACGCGGCGGAGAUUAGAGACCCGACGACGAAAGAAAGACACUGGCUUGGCACGUUUGAUACAGCUCAAGAAGCGGCUCUUGCUUAUGAUAGAGCUGCACUUUCCAUGAAAGGCGUUCAAGCAAGGACCAACUUUGUUUAUACUCAUAAUACCGGUUUCCAUUCUCUUCUUUCUCCUAAUUUGGUUGAUCAUCAUCAAACACUGAUUUUCCCUCCCCCUGCUAAUUCAAAUUUUCUAACCAAUCCUCCUGCCAAAAAACCCGUUAUAAAUCAGAACAGUACUUCACCUGAUCAGCUUAAUAAGGGUACUAUAUUGCAUGGUGAUGAUCGUGAUCGUGAUCGUGAUCAUGAUCAUAACUCAAAUAUAUUGUCAUCAUCAGUUGAUGAUUGUUCUAGUAAUUUCUUUUUCUCUCCAGAUGAUUCUAACUCUGGUUACCUGGACUGUGUUGUGCCCGGAAACUGUCUUAAACCUCCUUCAAGCUCGCAGAACCAUAAAAGUUCUACUGAUAUUCAUAUAAAUCAAUAUUCACAUUGUGAUGAUCGUAGCUAUUCUUCAGUAUUUGAUCCUGUAGAUGUCACAAGCAUGUCAACAAUGGGAAUAUCUAAUAACAAUGAUGAUUUCAGUGCUUGGUUUGGUGAGGAAGUCGUCAACAUGCAGGGUGGUUUCUGGAGAGAUGAUGAUCAUCAGCAGCAGCAGCAGCCGUGGGAGUUGAGUUAUUAUUCUGGUACUCAAGUAUCGACGACCAUCGUCAACGACGUCGCUUUAGAUGGGUGCAUUGGGAAUAAUUUCUACCCGGCCGCCAUGGAUAAUUUUGGAAAUGGGGUAAUGCUGCCGCAAGUUCAAGCUGCUUCUUCUUCUUCUUGUUCUUCAAAGUCGUGUUCUUCCCCAUCAUUGCCGGUGGGUCCAUUUGGGGAAGUAAUGGAAUCUGGUUAUCCGCUGUUUUGA